CGCCCAUGAUGUCCAUAAAAUGCCUUUGUAAAGUUUGUGGAACACCUUUAUCUAGGAUUAAGUACAGAUUAAACGUCAUAAGAAGAUAUGUAAGCAAUCCAUGGCGAGACGCAAAAUCUACUGAAACAAAUGUCAAAGUUGGUCAAAGUUCAUUGAAGAUCAGUACAGGAAAACUGGCAAGAUUUUCAGAUGGAGCAGCUGUAGUUGAACUUGGAAACACUUCAGUAUUGGUUACUGCUGUAAGUAAAACAAAAACCACACCAGCUUCAUUUCUUCCUUUAACAGUUGAUUAUAGACAGAAAGCUGCAGCUGGAGGUAGAAUACCUACAAACUAUAUCCGUAGAGAACUUGGUGCAUCAGAAAAAGAAAUAUUAACUGGAAGAGUAAUAGAUAGAUCUUUAAGACCGUUAUUUCCUAAAGGUUAUUUUUAUGAAACACAGUUAAUAUGUAAUUUAUUGGCCGUAGAUGGUGUAAAUGAUCCCGAUGUUUUAAGUAUAAAUGCAGCUUCAGCAGCAUUAUCACUGUCAGAUAUACCAUGGAAUGGCCCAGUUGGUGCUGUUAGAGUAGGAUAUAUAGAUGAUGAAGUUGUCAUUAAUCCUACUAGAAGACAGUUAGCUCUUAGUACAUUAAACCUCAUUAUAACAGGAUCGGACAAGAAAAAAGUAGUGAUGUUAGAAGGUUCAGCAGAAAAUAUUUUACAGCAAGAUUUUCUCAAGGCUAUAAAAGAAGGAGUAAAAGAAACACAGAAUAUUAUCAGAGAAAUACAAAAUUUACAAAAAAUAUAUGGUCAACCUAAACGCGAAUUUAUACCUGCAGCAGGCUGUGAUCAAGAAAUAUCAGAGGCAGUAAAAAGUGUAGCAGAAACUAGAAUUAAAGAAGUUUUAGAGGAUGUUACACAUGAUAAAAUAUCUCGAGACCGUGCAUUAUUUGAUAUUAAAAGUGAUAUGAAAGAGAUGUUUAAAGAAAGUUAUCCAGAUACAGAGAGUUAUAAAAUAGCUGAUUGUUAUGAUGCCGUUGUUAAAGAUGUAUUCCGUACAUUAAUUCUAGAUAAUGAAAAAAGAUGUGAUGGUCGUGGUUUAACAAAUCUUCGUGAUAUAAAAUGUAGUGUUGAUAUGUUUAAGACAUUACAUGGUUCAGCUUUAUUUCAACGUGGUCAAACUCAGGUUCUUUGUACCGUGACUUUAGAUAGUUUACAGUCGGCUUUAAGAUUAGACCCAAUGUCCAUUUUAACAGGGGAUUUAAAAGAGAAAAACUUCAUGCUACAUUAUGAGUUUCCACCUUAUGCUACUAAUGAAACUGGAAAACCAGGAGGAGUGGGUAGAAGAGAAAUUGGUCAUGGUGCUUUGGCUGAAAAAGGAUUAAGACCAAUUAUUCCAACCAAUUAUCCCUUUACAAUUAGACUAACAUCAGAAGUGUUAGAAUCAAAUGGUUCAUCAUCAAUGGCGUCUGUGUGUGGUGGUAGUUUAGCAUUAAUGGAUGCUGGGGUACCAGUUAGUGAAACAGCAGCUGGUGUAGCCAUAGGUCUGGUGACACGACCUUCGCCUGAGAACCCCAAUGAAAUACAAGAUUAUAAAAUAUUAACAGAUUUACUGGGUAUUGAAGAUUAUAUGGGGGAUAUGGAUUUUAAACUAGCAGGAACAAGAAAGGGUAUUACAGCUAUUCAGGCGGACAUUAAGCUCUCAGGGUUACCAUUAAAAAUAGUGGUAGAAGCCGUCCUACAGGCAAUAGAAGCAAAGAGUUAUAUUAUCGGAAUAAUGAAUAAUACUAUACCUAGAAGUAGAAGUGAAAGAAAAGAGUGGGGACCUGUUACAGAAAAGCUGAAUAUUCCAAUUGCCAAGCGAUCUCGAUUUAUUGGAAUUGGUGGAUACAACUUACGAAAGUUAACCAAUGACACAGGAGUACAAGUUACAACUAUAGACGAAUCAAAUUUUCAAAUCUAUGCUCCCAAUAAUGAAGCUAUGGCAGAAGCGAAAGAAAUGAUAGAAGAAUUUUUGAAAGAUGAUAGAGAACCAGAAUUAGAAUUUGGUGCUAUUUAUACCGGUACUAUAACAGAAAUAAGAGAAACUGGUUUAAUGGUUCAACUUCAUCCCAAUCUACAGCCAGUAUAUUUACAUAAUUCACAGUUAGAUCAAAGAAAGAUUAAUCACCCAAGUGUCCUUGGUUUCGAAGUGGGACAAGAAAUACAGGUCAAAUAUUUUGGACGAGAUCCUACAAAUGGAAAGAUACGGAUUUCUCGGAAAGUCUUACACUCCAUCCCAACAUCUAUCAUGAAAAACUUAGCUCCUAAGGGCUGAAUUGAUAUAUAGUAAAAUCAGAGUAACUCAAAGUUGAAAACAGCUCAAUUUGGCUGUUGUUAAAAUCGAUAACUACAGAAAUUGUACAGUGUCGGUUAAACAAGAUUUGACUGAAUAUACCAAAUAUAUAAUUCUUGGAUAUGAAUCAAAAUAUGGUUGUCUGUGUGUUCAGUAUGGUACUAGUCUAUUGUGACAGGUUUUUGUGCCAAGGAAAAAAAACCUUAAAAUUUAUGGAGAAAAGAACCUGAAUAUCUAUGAUUACCGCUUAAAAUCUAGAUUACAAUUAAAUGGAACAAAUGGUACUGUGUUGAAAAAAAAUACCUUUUGUAGUUGAACAAUUCUCUAAGGCAACACAAAUAAAAUAACUUGUUUCUCGGGCACCGCCCGCACGCAAAAUUGGUUGCGCGUGCAGUCUAUUUAUUAGUCUUGAUGAAAAAAAAUAAAUAUGUAACGCCCGCCCGCACAUCGACAAGCAAGUCGUAAAAAAAAUAUCCCGCAUGUACCUACAUCCGCCAUACAUGUAUAUCUAUUCAAAUGUAUUAAAACUGAUUCAGAUGAACAUGCUGUCUUUUUUAUCCGAACAAUGGCGAAGUUUGGCAGAUUUGCCUUUUUUAUUGAUAUCGAAAGAACCUCCAUUUUGUAUCACGUGAUAUUAAUUACCUCCCCUGAUAAACUAGAAUUUGAUUCGUGUUAAAAGUCAUUGGCGACAAUAUUUCAAUCAUUCGAUCGUAAUCGGUCCUUGUUUGGAAAAUCCUAUUGAUAAAAUAAUGAACCGUAGAACAGGUUAAUUAAUUAUAGCUAAGAAUACGAUACGAUGACGAUAGUCGUCAUAAUGCAUACCUUAGAAUCUGGGUCAUUAUUAGCACAUUUACGGUAGUUUCGAUAAUCCGGAAAAUAAUAAUUGGAUUACCGAUUUGAUGGUUUUACUGACCAGUUGUUAGUUAGAUUUAAAUAGUCAUUCAAUAUAAACACCGGAUAGAACACCGAAUAUCCUGAGAAACACACCGAAUAUCCCAAGAAACAGUAUUUCCGGCAAUCUCCAAUACCGAUGACACGGUGUGACAUGCAUUGGUUGGAAUUCGGUAAAUAAUUAUAAAUAAACCGGCGAUACUAGAUUUAGUUUUAAAUACUGUUUACCAUGAUUAUUAUUUUUGAUACACCUGGUGAAAGAGGCUUAGUUUUUAAAAAUAUUGUUGUCUUUAUGGAGGGCUAUUACAUAGUCGUAUGGAAUUUUAUUUUAAACCAAUUUCAAUUAUGUGAAUUAAAUAUGGAAAAUUAUUUUCCUUUCAGUCAGUGUUCAGUCUCAGUGUUUUAGUAGACUUGAUUUUGGGUUUAUGUUUUAAGUAUGUACAAUAAAGUUGAAUAUAACGGAAAGCAAAAACGUAAACAAGUAAUGACUUUCUCAUUUAAAAAAAAAAAAAAAGAAAGACCGCCCUCCCGCCCCAACAA